CGUCCGGCUCCCGAGGCCCCGCCCCUCGGGCCUCGGGACUAAUCGGAUUGAGAGCGCGCCGGCCGGGGCCGCGAACUCGCCAAUUGCGGUGGGCGUCGGCCACCGCCCAAUCCGGAGCAGACAGGUGCGAGGUCCGGAAGGCGGAGGCCAAUCAGCGGCGGUUGCGACCAGUGGGGCCCGGCCCCGGCCAAUGAGGAGGCCCGAGUGACGUCUCCCUGCGCCAAUCGGGAGUGAGGGCGUGUUCCUGCCCGCCCGCCCUUCCGGCCUGGGCUCUAUUUACCAGGGGCGUGCAACCCGCUUGCCAAUCAGAGCGCGGCUGAGCGGCCCGGCAGCCAACCCCGGAGGAGCGGCCGGCCGGCGUCCGCCGCACCCAGGAGUUGGGGAUGUCCUACAAGCCCAUCGCCCCCGCCCCCAGCAGCACCCCCGGCUCCAGCACCCCCGGGCCCGGCACCCCCGUCCCCACAGCCGGGAGCGUCCCUUCGCCGUCGGGGUCGGUGCCGGGAGCCGCUGCCCCUUUCAGGCCGCUGUUUAACGACUUCGGGCCGCCGUCCAUGGGCUACGUGCAGGCUAUGAAGCCGCCCGGCGCCCAGGGCUCCCAGAGCACCUACACCGACCUGCUGUCCGUCAUCGAGGAGAUGGGCAAGGAGAUCCGGCCCACCUACGCCGGCAGCAAGAGCGCCAUGGAGCGCCUGAAGCGAGGCAUCAUCCAUGCCCGGGCCCUAGUCAGAGAGUGCCUGGCGGAGACAGAGCGGAACGCCCGCACGUAACAGGACGCGCCUCCGCCUCGGCGUCUGGACCUUUCCCGGCCACUGCAGAGCACCUGCUUCUCCCUGGCCUCCACCCCGAGUUGCACUUCCCAUCCUGGGCUUCCUGUCCUGUGUCCCUCGGUGGGUGCCCUCCAGGAACCAGGGGCCACGCUCUCACUCCAGUCGGCAGCGCUAACUGGGAACCCACGGUAGACAGCGGCAGGUCCCCGAGCCCCAUGACCCGCCAGCAGCGUGGGCCCAACUGGAGCACUCUGCAGCCCCCACCACACAGCACUAGCCCCGCGCUCCCACCCAGUCCCCUUCUCCCCCGCAGGGCCUCGGAAGGCCUGUCACCUCCCUGCCUUGUCUCCUGGGCCACAGCCACUUUUUUCUCAGUGUGUCUUUUGCUAAAUAUGCCCUUUUUGUAUAAAUAAAAGAUAAUUUGGAGUUGUUCUCUCAGCUGUGAGUCUGAGUCUGG